AUGGUCAUCGAGCAUGCAAAGGUCCUGUCCAUUUCACGCAGCUUCCUCAACAGCACGUGGGUCCCAGACAAGCACUACCUGGAGCUGACCCAGGACUGUCAGAGGUUCAGGUCUACGCGCAAGUACCUGGAGUUCCCACUGAGUUGUGAGGAAGAAGACUUCCCCCUGGCCUUCUCGCUGGUUGUCCACCACAAGGUUGAGAACUUCGAGAGGCUGCUUAGAGCCAUCUAUGCCCCCAAAAACUUUUACUGCGUCCACAUGGAUAUAAAGGCCAAAGCGUCCUUCCUUGCUUCCAUCAUAGCCAUCACAUCCUGCUUUGAAAAUGUGUUCUUGGCCAUCCAUCCAGUCAGUGUGGUGUACGUGAGCUGGAGCCAUGUCCAGGCUGUCAACUGUAUAAGUGAUCUGUACAGGGCUAGUCCACACUGGAAGUAUUUCAUUAACCUCUGUGGCCAGGACUACCCCAUCAAGACCAACCUGGAGAUGGUGCGCAGCCUGUGGGCGUUGGCGGGGGACAACAGCAUGGAGUCGGAGGCCAGGCCCAGAGGUAAGAAGUCGCGCUGGAAGAAAGUGCACCAGGUCGUUGAUUGAAAACUUCAAAGAACAGAGCAGAACAAAGCUCCUCCGCCCUUUGGUAUACCCAUCUUGUCAGGUGGGGCAUACACUGUGGUGAAUAGGGGCUUUGUGUGUACUGUGCUGGAGGACAGCAAGGUGUUGGCUCUUAUUCAGUGGGAUAAUGACACUUGGAGUCCUGAUGAGUUCCUGUGGGCCACCAUCCAGAGGCUUCCUGGCGUGCCCGGCUCCAUGCGCCCCAGCCCCAAGUUUGACAUGACGGACAUGCACGCCAUUGCCAGGCUGGUGAAGUGGCCGUGGUAUAGGGGUAUCAAUGUUAAAGCGGUGUGUGUAUAUGGGGCCGGAGACCUGCAGUGGAUGCUGCAGCAGCACCACCUCUUUGCCAACAAGUUUGACACGGACCCCAUUGCUAUCAGAUGUCUGGAGGAGCAUCUUAAGCAUAAGGCCCUGGCAAAAAUAUACUAA